AUGUGAAGGUUACAGUCGUAUCCAAACUAGAAACAUGUUUAUUUAAUUAAGGGAGCAAUGAACCUCAGACAAACCAAACAGUGCAGACUGAGAGGUUGUCUGUCAGCUUACAGACGGACCACCUGUUCAUCUCACCACACCUGUUACAAGCUGCCGUCCAAUCACUGAGCCCGGAGGAAAUAAGGCAUCAUUUAAAGACGUCUAAUUACCUGACAGAGGACAUGAUGACCAGGUGAUUCCAGCUUGAAUCAGAGAUGAGCAGCACAACAGACACAAACACAAACACAGAAGAGACACAGACAGAGAAGCAUUAAGGAGAGAGAGGAAGAACAAAAAACAGAGAGAGGAUUGAAGAAGAAGAAGAAGAAGAGAAGGGGAAUUACAGAGGAAACUAAGACCAUCACCACAACAGCUGCAUGUUGCUGCUAAUAGUACCGGUGGUUCUGGUUGGUCUGUACAUUUUGUGUCGUCGGUUGAUUCCCUGGUUGGUUCAGACUAACGCCACUCUGGCACUGCUAUGGUACGAUGUCCUGCUGGAGACAACACUCGAUCUCCUAACCAGAAAAUCACGACCCCAGCGCCUCCUUCAGGCUGUCAGUCUAAAUGCAGUCAGGGGAAAUCCAGACAGCGUCAUCACAACCAUUGAUCACUUCUGUAUACACACAGAGUGGGCCAUGAACGUAGGAGACGAGAAAGGAGCCAUCUUGGACUCCAUUGUCAUGGAAACCUCUCCAUCCACAGUGCUGGAGUUGGGAACAUACUGUGGUUACUCUGCUGUCCGUAUCAGCAGGCUGUUGCCACCAGCAACAAGGCUGAUUACCGUGGAGAUGAACCCUGAGUAUGCUUGCGUGGCGCGACAGGUCAUCCAGCAUGCAGGGCUGCAAGACAAGGUGUGUGUGUUGGAAGGUGAGUCAGCUGACCUGAUUCCCAAGAUGGCCGACAUGUUUGGAAUCCAGACAUUUGACUUGGUUUUCCUUGACCAUUGGAAGGACCGCUACCUGCCUGACAUCAGACUGCUGGAGCACUGUGGUCUGCUGGCUAAGGGCUCAGUGGUCCUGGCUGAUAACGUGGUCUGUCCCGGAGCUCCAGACUACCUGAAGUACGUCAGAUCCAACCUGAAGUACAACAGCAGGUUCUACCAAGCUCACCUGGAGUACACCAGAGUCCUGGAUGGACUGGAGAGGUCUGAGUACCUGGGAGCCAGACAGAUAAUUAGAGAGACAGACGCACAGACAGACAGGUAGAGAGACAGACUAAAUCUGUUUCAGCCUGCUUACAGCUGAUCUUAAACAUCCUGUCAACAACAUCAGGUAGCAGAUGUUUGUGCUGAAUGUGUCACAAAUUAGAACAUGGGUGCAGUUUUCCCUCAGUAGUGACCAUCAAGAGACAGAUACCUCAGACAGACAAGUGGAUCAUCAGCAUCACCAACAGCCUCUCAGCUCCUGUCCUGCAGCUCUGAACACACUGUGAGGAAUCUUCUUACAGGUUUUGAUGACAGCUUGUUCCUCUUUAGUUUGAAUGAACUUAUGUUAAAUUAGUGCUGACAGGAAAUGAACAAAUGAUUCUACUGCUGAUACUUUUGUGGGUUUGUUUCAUACUGAGUCUGCCCUUCCUUUACAUGCUGAACUGCUGCUCAUAUGCUGAAUAAUACUGAAGAGACUUUAUUAGAGGCUCAGAGGUUUCCAAAGAUUCAUUCAUGUACCAGAGUCAGACAGUAGACUUGGUGCUUAUUAGCCUGUGGAUACUGUUUCCUCUGAGACUGCUGCAGUUUGGUUGAUAGUUAGAUGACUUUAGCGCCUGUUAGUGUUAACAAUUGUUUGCAUUUUGAUUUAAAUACUUUUAUUGUCUCCAAUCCAUUCAGCAUUUCUGCUACUGUCAUGUUAAAACACAUAAAACGUAGCGUUACUGUAAACAUAAUACAAACACCAACGCAAUUAUAAUAAGUAAAGUAAAACACUUCUUGAUUUAAUAAGUUAUCAGUUUAAUGGAGCCCACAGACAGAUAUUUCAGGAGGAUAAUGAAGUAUUCAUUGUUUUACUUCCUCUCAAUACCUGCACAUCCUGUUAGUGUGUCCUGCACUCUGGUGUCUGGAAAAAUAUUUAAGUAACACUCAAACUUCCUGUAUCUAUUUUCAAUCUGUUUUGGACAAAACAACCUGCUAAAUAAAUGUGAUGUGAUGUAAUGUUAGCUGCUAGCAACUGGUGUGAUGUCAUCAUCAUAGUUGUUUCUGAAAUAUGUGUGAAUGGUUCAGUUGCCUCACAGUUUUUCUCUUAACUCUAAAAACAGAUGUUUUAGUUUUCUAAAUAACCAUUCACACAUGUUGUAGAAUUACAUCAUAACAUAAUCAGGGUUUUACAGAUCAGUCUGUUAUCAUCGUUCUGAUAUGUGACAGUGUGAUGCUGCUGAAGCUGUGUUUGAAUGAAAUGUUCCGAGUCAUCAAUGGUAUUACUGUGUAUAAAGCACUUCAAUGAUCA